UGAGGAUAAAUAAACAAAACGCCCAUAGAACACAUUGAUCCUCUCCACGUGAUGUCACAUUCAUCACUGGGCAAUGGGGCCAGUGAGAGAGAAGGGGCAAAACGGGAGAGAGGGAGAUGUAUAUGUUUUUUGCGAAGGCUGGAUUCUAACACAGAGGUGCUAUCGGGAUUGCUAGAAGGUCUCCAGAGUUCAACAUGAUUAAAAGGAAUUCAAAACUCAAAUGGUUACUUGUCAUCCACCUCUUACUAUCUGAUGUGGUAUUUGGCAGAGCUCCACUCCCUCAAAGCAACCCGAAGCCUUCAGUGACUUCAAAAAUGUCUCAGACAGAGCAGGUAGAAAAACAAGUGGUUGAAGAUGAUCUUGCCGCCGCCCAUCGGUUGGUUUUAAACCUCUCAGGCUCUCUACAAGGUCAGCUGGCACUCCAAAGCAAUGCAAGCUGUGCAGAGCUCUCUAGUGGAGGCUGGAGCGGAAAUGGUUUCUCUCAGGAGCUACUAGGGUUGGCAAUGGUGCCAGUGCUGGUGUCAGCAGGAUGUUUGUUUGAAGCCCAAGCGCUGGUAAUGCAACUCUAUGCGGUGUUGGGGCAAAAUGAUACACAUGAAUUUUUACAGGACAUUCUGGUGCUGAUAAAGAGAGGAAAAGAGAGGAAUUCAUCACACAGUGAAUUCAAAACUCCUUCAUCUCCUUCUAUGCUGAACUCUGAGUCACAGCACCACCUACAGGCUGUUAUUUUUAACAUUCAUCAGCUAGCUGAGGUGGGUGAGAAUAUAGAUGAGAGUAAAGUUAGGCUUAGGGGGCAAUGCAAUGGGUGGGUGAGGGUGAAAGGCACUCGGUUUCUCGGGCAGGCCGCAGAACAGAGCAAGCGACUCAGCCUUGAGGAAGCACAGCAGGCUUGUGGAAACUUGGGAUUCCAAUGUGCGGGUGUGACCCAGGAUGGCGAUUCUGUAUAUUAUCGUGUUAUCUUGAGGCGUGGAAGUCGCGUAGUGCCUUCAUCGAACUUUGAGAGCUGGAUUCUGAAUUGCAAGGUCGGGUCUGUACGUUGGCGCAGAAACGGGAUUCCCCAGCAUCAGUGUGUAAAUGAAAAAGAGGAGCGAGUGUAUACAGUAGUGGAGUGGAUUCCGGCAGUCUCAACGCUGUAUAAUCUGGGAACAGCCGUUUACUAUGCUUCGGUUAGCUGCUAUGACACUGCAAAAGAAAGAGCAAUCUUCAGCACUGUGGAUCUGGGCACAGACGCUCUCAUGGCUGUAACGGGGGGAACCGCAGGGGUUGCUGGUUAUGCAUUGGGGGCUGGAUUAAAAACGGGUGUGAAGGCAGGGAUUAAAUAUCUUCUGAACAGCAUGAAAGAGGAAGAUGACCUGAUAAUGAACCAGAACGCCUGGGAGGAUGGAACUCUCACUGUCCAAUAAAAGACCAAGGACACUCCGAUGAAGAUAUUCAAGAACAACAGUUGCAUUGUGCCAGAGCCUCAAGGAUUUUUCCCACCUGCAGUAAACUCAUAAUAAAGUAUGUUCAGUCAUAAAUACCUUAAAGGGAUAGUUUACUCAAAAAAAAAAGAAUAUUCGGUCAUUAAUUACUCAUUCUCAUAGUAUUCCAAAUCUGUCAGACCUUUGUUCAUCUUCGAAACACAAAUUAAGAUAUUUUUGAUGAAGAGAGCUUUCUGACCCUGCAUAAACAAUUUAUUUACCACGUUCAAGGGUCAGGAAUGUAGUAAGGAUGUCAUUAAAAUUAAAGUCCAUGUGACAUCAGUGGUUCAACCAUAAUUUUACAAAGCUACGACAAUACUUUUUGUGCGCAAAGAAAACAAAACAUGACUAAACUAACAUGAACACAUUUAUUACACUAUUUAUAAAUCUUUGUUAAUGUUAGUUAAUAAAAAAUACAGUUUUUUAUUGUUUGUUCAUGUUAGUUCACAGUGCAUUAACUAAUGUUAACAAACACAACUUGUGAUUUUAAUAAUGCAUUAGUAAAUGCCAAAAUUAACAAUAAUUAAGAUUAACGAAUGCUGUAGAAGUAUAGUUCAUUCUUAGUUUAUGUUAACUAAUGUAGUUAACUAAUGUUAACUAAUGAACCUUAUUCUAAAGUGUUACCAAAAAAUAUAUAUUUUUGGCAAACGUAAAAAUCCCUUUUGCACCAAAAGUGACAUGAAGGCUGAAGGAAAAGUAAAUUCACGUCUGUAUAGAAGAAAUGUUAGUUUAUCUAAAGUAAAUAAAUUUUUACCUAUUAGUAUGGUUGAAUUGGAUCAUCAAAGGGCAGAAGCAAAGGAAUUGGUUAAUAAAUUGGGAAUAAAUACAUAAAGGGUAUAUGUGUUAUUUAACUUAUUUAAUUAUUGCAGGUUUGCAUCAUAUUCUGAGUUUGCAUUUCACAGUUUUUAUUAUUGUUUUUAAUGAAUACUAAAUCUGGGUUUUUUUGGCGAGUGAGAUAAAUUAAAGGUUGUUCACAUUUAGUCUAGAACUACGUUAAGCGUCACAUUUACACAGUGGAAACAAUGUCUCUGAAGAUUCUGGAACUUUUUUUGUGAUUUCUCUCAACAUGGAGACAGGAGAGCUGUCAGUCAAUAAACGGGAACACAAAGUAAAUGGCGUUACUUAUUUGAAUUUUUUUUGUAAAUUAAAAAGUAAUCCAUUACUUCAUUAGUUACUUGAAAAAAGUAAUCUGAUUACAUAAUUCAUGUUACUUGUAAUGAGUUACCCACAAAACUGCUCGUUAAAGCACAGCAGAGACUUAUGCAGAAGAGAAGAAAUUGUUAAAUAAAGUCAUUAUUUUUGUUUAUUUUUGCACACAAAAUGUAUUCUUGUAGCAUUAUAACAUUACAGUUGCUACCUUUCUGGCCCUUGAAUGUGAUAAUUACAUUGCUGUCUAUGCAGGGUCAGAAAACUCUUGGAUUUCAUCCAAAAUAUCUUAAUUUGUGUUCCGAAAUUGAACAAAGGUCUUACGGGUUUGGAAUGACAUGACGGUGAGUAAUUAAUGACAGAAUUAUCAUUUUUUGGGUGAACUAUCCAUUUAAUAUCCAAAAGGUAUUUAGAGACAUCAGCAGGAAAUCAUUUUUGGUGGGAAAAAAAUAACAGCACCAACAUGAGAUAACUGUAGCAAACUCAUAGAAAUAUGCAUGAUAUUUGGACUUUUCUAUAUUAUAGUAUUAUAAUAUGACAUAUUAUAAUGUAUUAUCAAUAUUUCAAAAGACUUUUUAUGCAUCAUGUUUAAUUUUCUUUUCAUCGUGUAAAUAGUGCCUGAGCUUGAGCAUGUUUCUUAAAGUUUGGUAUUUAUAGAAAUGUUAUUUUAGUUACUUUAAAAGGUACUGUAUAACAGGAAUGAAAAGUAGCCACUUAUAACUUAAGAUUUAUAUCAGCUCUCCAGCGUCGACUGAGACUUUGACAUACGCCAAGCAUGGGUAAUAUUUAACCUUUAUAGGCCAUUAGUGGGAGGAACAGAACACUACUAGAAUACAAGAUAAACAGAACAGGCAGCAUAAAACCAAACUUUAAAGCAUAAAUGUGACCCUGGACCACAAAAACAGUCAUCAUGGUAAAAAAAGAUUUAUGCAUCACCUGAAAUCUAAAAGCUUUCCAUUGAUAUAUGGUUUGUUUGGAUAGCACAGUAUUUGUCCGAGAUACAACUAUUUAAAAAUCUGGAAUCUGAGGGUGCAAAAAAAUCUAAAUAUUGAGAAAAUCACCUUUAAAGUGGCCCAAAUGAAGUUCUUAGCAAUGCAUAUUACUAAUCAGAAAUUAAGUUUAGAUACACUACCGUUCAAAAGUUUGGGGUCAGUAAGACUUGUAAUAGUCUUUAAAGAAGUCUCUUAUGCUCAUCAAGGCUGCAUUUAUUUGAUUAAAAAUAUAGAAAAAAAACAGUAAUAUUGCAAAAUGUUUUUACAAUAUAAAAUAAUGUUUUUUAUUUUAACAUACUUUAAAAUAGAAUUUAUUCCUGUGAUGAAAAGCUGAAUUUUUAUCAGCUGUUACUCCAGUCUUAAGUGCCACAUGAUCCUUCAGAAAUCAUUCUAAUAUGCAGAUUUAUUAUUAGAAUGAUCAGUGUUGGAUAAUAUCAACAGUUGUGCUGCCAAAUAUUUUUUGGAACCUGUGAUUUUUUUUUCAGGAUUCUUUCAUGAAUAACAAGUUUAAAAAGUAGUGUUUAUUCAAAAUAUAAAUAUUUUAUAACAAUGUAAAUUAUUUAUUAUUAACUUUUAAUAAACUUUUAAUUAUUAACUUAAUACAUCCUUGGUGAAUAAAAGUAUUAAUUUCUUUAAAAAAAAAAAAAAAAAAGAAACAAUAACAAUGUACUGACCCCAAACUUCUGAACGGUAGUGUAUAUUUUUACAGUAAGAAAUUUAUAUCUACAUGGAACAUGAUUUUUGGCAUAAAAGAAAAAUCUAUCAUUUUGACCUAUACAAUGUAUUUUUGGCUACUGCUACAAAUAUACUCGUGCUACCUCCGACUGGUUUUGUGGUCCAGGGUCACAACUGGCAUGAGAGUUAUUUUGCAUAUGAAUAUGUAAUUGAUGUAUAACAAGCAAAAUCAAAUAGAAAUGUUUUCUACCAGUAUUUCAGUUUUUAAACUCCUUGUUUUUUUAUGAAUGUAUAAUCGUGUUUUAUAUAUGCGUAAUGUAAAAUAAAGAAAUGUAGAAUAAACAUAUUCUCACAUGUUGAUCUCAUAA